AUGAUGAAAGGAACGGUUGAUCUAAUCAACGUCUCUCCGGCAGGGCAGCCGGGAUCGAAGAAGUUCGACGCGAGUACACUUAAUAACAAAGCAAACACGAGAUUACGAAAAAGCGGCGAGGAAUGGCGGGACGUCGUUUACGUAGACGACGCUCCGCUGAACGGGCCGAAUCUGUACAUAAUUCUGACGGGUUUCCACGACCCGGACCUACCGACGGACUUAAGAAACGUCGGCGUACCGUUGCACUGCAUAAUGCAGAUCAAGAGGCCGUCGGAGAAAUUGGACCGCCUCGUACGUUGUUCCAUCAUCGAGGAAGUGGAGUCCAGGAAAUUAUACUUCCUGGAGGAGUACAGCGUCGGUAAAAUCAAGCUGUUUAACUUUUGGUCGAAAGUGGAGAAACGAUUGACGGAGCCCGAGGAGUAUCCCGAAUACAGCGAUAUUGGAUUUCUCGUAUUCUGUCCACCACAGCUGCCAGACACUCCGUGCGACGACGAAUAUGCCGCGCUGAAGAAGGAUUUGUACGACAGGGUGUCGUAUAUUGUGUAUGAUUUUUAUGAUCUUUAUCGACAGCACGGCAACUAUUUGAAGAGCAUGAAAGUGGAGAAGAGUAUCGUCGCCGAAAACGCAUCGACGCCGAAUAUGGAUAUCUAUGAUAUCUUUUUGAACGCGUUCCCUCUGGAGUGCAUUUCAGUGCCGAUAAUAUUGUUUGCGAUAUUGUCACAAGUUGAGGCGAAUGAGAGAAUGACAGCGGAAAAUUCCAUGGAUGAGAAAGGCGAUGUCAGUGCGAGUCUUAAGGUAAGAUCUUCGACAAUAAUAGUAAAGAGAUUAAAAAACAUAGUUUAUAAUCCUGUGCAGAGCGAGAUCGAGAUACCAGUAGAAAUGGAAGAAACCAAAGAGACACCGGUAUCGUUAAUUGAACAAAAAGUGAAGACACUUGACAUCAAAUUUGAUCUGGAUAGCGAAGGAUUCGAUAUGGACAAUGUCGGGAAGUGCAUAAAAGACAUCGAGUUAGUUUUAUACGGAGACAUUCUGAACAGAGCAGUUCACGUGCUCGAUAACUGCGCGAUUAGUCAAGCGUUGAAACCGAAGGACUUGAUGGAGCUCAUUUUAACCAUCUAUCGACACCCGAUCACUGCGAUUAUUCGCAAAGAGAACCAAAUUCCGGAGAAAAGACUGAAUCAAUACACUCGUCAUCUUAACAGAAUUCGACAUUAUUUCGAUGCCAAAUUGAGCGACGAAGAAAUCAGGCAUUAUUUGCACAUGUUGGUAUUCGAUGGAAUGAUCUUCAAAUCAUCUGUACCUAACAGAAGUGACACCUCUCGAACGACGUUAACGGAGAAACCGGAAGACAUCGAGUUCAGCGGAGAACAGUAUUCAAUGAGACGUUGCAAGUCGUUACCGAGUCUGAGUUCAAAAUCGCAGCCGGACGUGCAUUUUCUCAGUGAUGGGAACAUCGAUUACGGUUUGAUAAUCCCGGAGAUCAUCAGCUGCUCCGCCCUGUUCGAUCUCAUAGAUCCCCGGGAAUUAUUAGUGCCGGGUUACUUGGAGAAGAACGUCUUCGGGAACCGAACCACGAGCAAGCUUCGGCUGGAAGAUUUCAGCGACGCGGAGCUAUUAUCGAGGCCAAUUUUUCUGCAGCUACUGCACGAGUGUCUUCUCGCGUUCGAUCGCGUCGAGCUCCGAUAUUUCGAACCCACCGACUCUCUGUUGCUGUACUUCAGUAACAAGUGGAGAAUCAAUGGGGUGAACGAGGAGGAAAGAAUGUCUAGCAUUCGGACGCCGGUUCAGCUUCGUGAUUUCUGCAAAUACGUGGUGCCUGAGGAAGAAGAUUGGCUGCGACGGGAGGAGGAAUUGUACAGAUUGCAGACGGCCGAGUGGAUGGAAAGAUUGAUGAGGCAGAGCUCGGAGAUAUACGAAGAAACGAUGGUGUUCCGCGACGAAGACUUCAUUCUGCCUGGGACACUGAAGGCCAAAGAUCUGGAAAAGAGCAGGGAACUCGACGAGCAAAAAGCUAAACUGGAUGUCGUAGAAGGGUCAAUCGAGACUUCAGUUAAUGGAGAUGCAAAGAACAAAAGAAAAGUGAAAGAGAAGGGGAUUAAAACUCCUAAGAAGAACAGAAGAGGUAACAAACUCGGCAAUGAAAAGGCUAGUUCAACAAGAUCAAGUUUAGAAGAAAUGGGGCCAGUGACAACGAAGAGAAGAUCGAUAGUUUCCGAGAUCGAAAAGGAACCGGUUUAUGAUUUUAUUGGCUAUGACAUCGGGACGUUGCGUGUUCAAGUAACGCACCGUAAAAAGACAUUCUUCUCGGCCGACAAUACUCUGGUCCAAGUGGAGAUGGACUAUUGGCUGUACAACAGCAAAGAUUUACGCAUUACCGUCUCUCUACGUGGCUACACUUUAAGAUUGUUCCACCGAGUCGACAAACCCCAGGCGAAUAAAACGUUUCAUUUAACUAGCAGAACGGGGAUUAUUCUGGCUUUUCAGAAACUGGUAACAACUUCGCGUACACCGAAGAUUCCUUACCAGGAUUGGCAAGAAAUGAAUAUCGAGCUCAGAACUUCGUGGCCGACCGGGUUAAUAAUAGAAUCGGUUCUUGGUGAUGGACCGCAGAACCCCUAUUACAUUCAACAGUCAUACACACCGAAGGGGUGCGAUGAUACCGAUGGUAAUCACGAAGUCUGCAGAAAGUUUCUCAGGAAUGGAACCCUGCUAAAAUACUUGGACGAUGGCAGAAUAAUCGUGUUCCGUCCUAACGGGGUAAUCGUAACGUGCACAGAAUUUAAAACGACUCAACCGAAGCAACGCGAAAAUUCAGGAGAUAAAGUGAGAGAAUCGAAGCAUUUACCAAGAAAUAAAAAGAGGUGGACGAGUAAUUUGAAGUCAGAAUUACAUAAAGGAGCUUACGGAGACCAUGGAGAGCGGCAACCGACGACGGUGAUUCAAACGUUAAACUUUUAA